AUGAUAUCAUUUACCAUGGGUGCUCUCCCUGUCCUCAAGAGGCUUUUUAUUGAGGGUUGUAAAAAUCUGAAAUCAAUAUUAAUUGCAGAAGAUGCGUCGCAGAAGAGUCUCUCAUUUCUUAGAAGCGUGAAAAUAUGGGAUUGUAAUGAACUAGAGUCAUUUCCUCCAGGUGGAUUGGCCACUCCAAACCUCGUUUACUUUGCCGUGUGGAAGUGUGAGAAGCUUCUUUUACUACCAGAAAUGGAAAUUGAUAAUCUACCAAAUCUUCAAGCAUUUGUCAUAGAUGAUUUGCCUAGCAGCUUACAAGAACUGACUGUUGGUUCUGUUGGAUGGAUUAUGCGGAGUACUGGGCCAACAUGUGAACAUCUCACCUGUCUUGUAGUGUUGCGAAUUAACAGAAAUGAUUCUGUGAACAUGCUGAUGUGGCCUUUUCUACCUGCAUCGCUUUUGACACUAUGCAUCUAUGAUCUUAAUGAUACAGUCAUUGAUGGGAAGUGGUUUCAACAUCUAAACUCUCUUCAAAAACUUGAGAUUGUUAAUGCUCCCAAACUCAAGUCGUUGCCAAAAGAGGGAUUGCCUUCCUCUCUGUAUGUAUUGAGUAUCACUUGUUGUUCGGUACCGGAAGCAAGUUUGCAAAGGAAGCGAGGGAAAGAAUGGCGUAAGAUUGCUCGCAUUCCCUUCAUAAUCAUCAAUGACAAAAUAAUCACAUGA